GACCAGGUUUGGACGAGUAUUUUCCAUUUAAAAAAAAAACUCUUUACUUGGUUUUAAGAGUCAAAAGAGCAAGAAUUCGGUACAACCAUAAAAAAUUUCAUGCCUUCUUCCUCUCCAUCAUAACCUAAUCUUUAGCUUGAUCCAAUCUUUCUCCAACAAAAUCAAAACCCAAAUUCAAUUUUCAUCUCUUCUACUCUCUAGAAACAACAGCAAUGUCUAACCCUAAAAAAAACUCCAUUUUCCAUAUAGUAAUGUUUCCAUGGUUUGCUGUUGGUCACAUGACUCCAUUUCUCCACCUCUCUAAUAGGCUAGCAGAAAAAGGUCUCUCUACAACAUUUUUGCUCCCUAACAAAGCUAUACAACAAUUAAAACAUUUCAAUCUUUACCCCGAUCUUAUUGCUUUCCAUUCUCUCAUCAUCCCUCCGGUUGAUGGCCUCCCAGCCGGUACGGAGACAGCCUCCGAUAUCCCUAUCCACUUAACUCAUUUUCUAACCAUAGCCAUGGACCGCACCCGUGAUCAGGUUGAAAAAGUUAUACAUGAAAAGAAACCUAAAUUGGUUAUUUAUGAUGUUGCCCAUUGGAUACCGGAAAUAACCAAAAGUGUUGGUAUUAAAGCUAUAAAUUAUACUGUGGUUUCCGCGGCAUCUCUUGCUAUAGUAUUAAAUCCGGCACGUAAAGUAACUUUAGAAAAACCCAUUACGGAGGCUGAACUGGCGGUGCCGCCUAGUGGUUAUCCAUCAUCAACGGUUGUGCUUCGAAGGCAUGAAGUCCGGUCUUUGUUAUUUGUAUCGUACCCUUUUGGCGAAGGAAUUACUUUUUACGAAAGAAUCACUAAUGCAAUGAAAGAAAGUGAUGCUUUAGCUAUUAGAACAUGCCACGAAACAGAAGGAAAGUUUUGUGAUUAUAUUGGUAGUCAAUACAAAAAGCCGGUUUUUUUAACCGGACCGGUUAUACCAGAACCGGGCAAAGCACCAUUAGAAGAACGUUGGAAUAAAUGGUUAAAUGGGUUCGAAAAAGAUUCAGUUAUUUUUUGUGCAUUUGGAAGUCAAAUAGUAUUAGAAAAGGAACAAUUUCAAGAAUUGGUUUUAGGGUUUGAACUAGCAGGUUUGCCAUUUCUAGUAGCAAUAAAACCACCGGCCGGCAUAUCAACAGUAGAAGAAGCGUUGCCGGAAGGUUUCGAGAAAAGGGUAAAAGGUAGAGGAAUCAUUUGUGGUGAAUGGGUACAACAAUUAAAGAUUUUAGAUCAUCCAUCAGUAGGAUGUUUUGUUAAUCAUUGUGGGUUUGGGUCAAUGUGGGAAGCUUUGAUGAGUAAUUGUCAAGUAGUAUUAGUGCCUCACUUGGGUGACCAAAUUUUGAACACAAGAUUUAUGGCUGAAGAGUUGAAAGUUGCAGUAGAAGUGGAAAGAGAUGAAAAUGGAUGGUUUUCUAAAGAAAAUUUAAGCCAAGCUAUUAAGUCUGUUAUGGAUAAAGAAAGCGAAGUGGGCUUAAUGGUGAAGAAGAAUCACAAUAAAUGGAGGGAAACGAUGGUAAGUAAAGGGAUAAUGACUAGUUAUAUUGAUAAAUUUGUUCAAAAUAUGCAGGAUCUUGUUAAGUGAUAAUAAUUAUGUAGUUUGAAUUUAUCUCUAUUUGAGAAUGUAGCCUAGCUACAAAUUUAAUAUCAGCAACUCCUGAUUUUUGUGACUGGUUA